AUGGAUACAUAUAUUCGGUUGGCGGACGCAGUAACUGAGUUUGAAUCAGAUUACAAUAGCGUGCCCCAGACAGAGCAUACAAAAUAUACUCUUGCGAUCCAGCAAGAAGAACUUAAAGCAAUGUGGCGAAAGGUUAAAGUAGCAUAUGAGGAAUAUUUAAUUUCAGAUAAGGCAGAAGCCAAAGAUAUUUCUUCAGUGAAGAAAAAAUACAAGAGCUCAUACUCAGUCUAUUUGCGCUGCAUGUCGAACAUAGCAGAUCUCCACGCAAAAUUAGUUAAAAGUGAAAAGGAUGUAGAAGAUCAGUCCGACCGCGAACACAGUAUCCACUUACCCCCGUGCGAUACAGAUGUAUUCAAGGGCGACUAUCUUUCCUGGCCAACAUUUCGAGACAUGUUCACGGCCAUCUAUAUCCUGAAUAAGCGCCUCACUCCUGUCGAGAAACUAUGCCACCUGAUCCAAAAAACAGAGGGAGAGAGAGAUAUUGUUAAAAAAUGCCCACUCACCAAUGAAGGAUUUUCUACAGCUUGGAAACAUUUAACGGAUAGUUACGAGAAUAAACGCAUACUCGUCAAUUCACAAUUAAAGACUCUCUUUAAUUUAAAUACAGUUGAUAGUGAGUGCGGCGGCUCGAUUAAAAAAUUGCAGAGAGAAAUUAAUAAUUGCAUCUCAUCACUAAAAAGUCAUCAAAUUGAUAUAUCAAACUGGGAUGCAAUUAUUACUUACAUCUGCUCAACCAAACUACCGGAAAGUACCUUAGCAUUGUGGGAACAAACAGUAGAGAACAAAACAGAAAUAUCCAAGUGGGAGGAUAUGGAUAAGUUUCUCUCAAAUAGGUUCCAGACACUAGAAACCGUGUCAGGUAUAAAGGGCACUACUCAUUCCAGAUUUUCAAAACCACAGAAUGCUAAACAUACCACUGAAGCCCCACAAAAAAGUCUUGGAGCUUUCCAGGCAAGUGUAUCCAAAGUUACAUGGCAAUUGUGCCAAUCUAACGAGCACAGAUUAAAAGACUGCCAGAAGUUCCGUAAGCUUUCAACAUCGGACAGGAUCACACUCGUGAAGAACAAUAAUAGUUGCGUUAACUGCCUAUCUUCAAGACAUACUGUGUCGAGGUGCACUAGCUCUUACAAUUGCAGCACUUGCCACCAAAGACACAACACACUCUUACAUAUCGACGCAGCCGCACCGAAAUCGACUGUUCAAACGAACCAAUCGGAUCCAAAGGAUAAUGUUGCGUCCACUUCUGCACAGGCCCAAUUGAGGCUCGAUUCUUCAAGAGCAAAUAAAAAUUCAGUUAGCAAUGUUAAAUCUUGUUUCGCUAAUACAAAUAAAGGGAUCUUAUUGGGAACCGCGCGGGUCAAUAUAUUUUUUAAUAACACUACUUUUUCGGCACGCGCAUUAAUAGAUUCCGGUUCGGAAUGUUCGUUUAUAACCGAAAGGCUUAAGCGUAGGAUUAACCUGCCGUCCAAAAGUAUGCAGGCCCAGGUAUCAGGCAUCAAUAAUACCGUGUCGGCGCAGGUGAAAGAAGCGUGUGCGAUUCAAUUGCGAUCACCCAUUGACCCUUUAAUUAAUAUAGAUACCACAGUGUUGGUUUUACCACAGCUGACCGGUAAUCUACCGACCUGUCUGAUAGAUGCUAUGACGAAACAAGCAUUUCCCGACCUCAUUUUAGCGGAUAAGAGAUUUUUCAUUAAUGAACAAGUUGAUCUUGUCCUAGGUGGCGACGUUUAUGCCCAAAUAAUGUUGAGCGGUAUUAGGAAGAACGUUUUAGGUACUCUUCUUGCUCAGGAAACAGUAUUCGGAUGGAUACUAACCGGUCAGACGGAAGCAAUUUCAAACACUAAUAAACGUGUAUCGUUUUUUAACGAGGUGACCUUAGACAAACGUCUAGCCUCGUUCUGGGAGUUAGAAGACUUUUCAAAGCACAAAACCUACAAUAAAGAGGAAGUUUACUGCGAGGACCUUUAUAAACGCACAACUAAACGGAACCAGGAUGGCAAAUAUACAGUAUCGUUGCCAUUCAAACAGGAUUUUCCAAGGUGUAUACGCUUAGGACCUUCACUCAAGAUAGCUUGCUCACAAUUUUUUCGUAAUGAAAUCCGUCUAGCAAAAGACCCUCCCCUACAAACUGAAUACAAUAGGGUAUUGUCCGAGUAUGAAACGUUAGGACACAUGACGCUAAUUUCUGACCGUAUUCCGGGUGAUGAAUGCGAAAAUUACUUCCUGCCACAUCAUGCCGUUCGAAAGGAAGAGAGCACCACCACCAAAGUACGGGUGGUCUUCAACGCGUCAUGUCCUACAGCUAAUGUG